UCUUGGGGCUGACAUGUUGUGAUUUGACCAUCUGUAAAUUGAUUUGAAAACCAGCUGGAAGUUGAAAACUUCCUGAAUGACUGAGAGUCUUCAUCAGCUGUUUAAAAAUGCUUCCAAACCAGUUUGAGUUGCUAAACGGGUCCAGACCAGCGGUUUGAAACUGGUUUUAAGAGCAGAUACACGUUUCUGAACUGGUUUAAAGCAGAUCUAACUAGGUCUCUAUUUUCUCCUGCAGUCUGAUUUUCUCCACACAUUCCCGUCCUGUCCCCCUUUUCCUUCCACUCUUCCUUCAUUCUAUCCUUUCAUCUUCAGCCUUCCUCUUUCUCUUCUGUCUUUCAGCAACAUUCUUCGUGUCUUCUCGUCACAUGUCCAAACACCUCAGACUUCUUUCCUGGAUUUUCUUAGAUGUCUCAUCACCAUGACUCAAACCCCUCUGAGACAUGGAUUCAAGAAAAAGACAACAAAAGUCUGACUUCGUGGACGAGAUAAAUCAUAAAAUAACUAAACUAUAAAAUAUGAUCUGAUUAUUAACAGCUGCAGGCAGAAUAAAACUACAACAGGAAAUUGUGAGCUUUUGAGUGGUCAGUGAACGCAGCACAGGCGGGUCUAGGAAGUUUUGUUUGUUUUUUUCCCGGCAGCACUUUGGGGACUUUUGACGGAGGAUCGUCAGAACAAAACACGGUUCGGGUUCGAUCCGGAUCAGAAGGUUUGGAGCAGACCAUGGUCCGGCCCAGGAGCCAGUUUGUUUGGUCAGGUCGAAACCCUUGGAGUGGACAUUCUCCACCUUCAGACAUGCAGUGGGCGUGGCUUCUGUGUGCACUAAGUGUGUGUGUCAAUACUUGCAGUGGAUUAGACAGGAAUGACCACGCCCUCCACAGCCAACAUCACAAACAGGUUUUCAGCAGCAAUCCAGCCUCAGAUCUGUGCCGAAUAGACCGACUGCUCUGUCAUGACCAGAAUGCCGCGCUGAGUUUCGAGGCAAUCUGCAGCAUCCACAAACUGAUGGACGAUGAUGCUGAUGGCAUGGUGGAUGCAACUGAGACAGAUGAGUUCCUCAGGGAGGAUCUCAAGUACCGGGACCCCAAAGUCAAACACAGCAGGUUCCACGGAGCCAACCUGCACAUCACUGUGGAGGACAUGUGGUACACCUGGAAGAACUCUGAGGUGUAUACCUGGACGGUUCAGCAGGUGGCAGACUGGCUGCGGCUCAGUGUGGAACUUCCUCAGUACACAGAAAGCUUCAGGAGACAUCAGCUGGAUGGCAAAGCUUUACCCAGGCUGGCGGUGAAGAACACGACUCUAACAGUGUCGCUGCUGAAGAUUGUGAACCGGAGUCACAGCCGGAAGCUGCAGCUGAAAGCUCUGGACAUGGUGCUGUUUGGACCUCCGCCCGGGAGACAAAACCACUGGAAGGAUGUUGUUCUGAGUGUCUCGAUUCUGAUGGGUUUGGGUGGCUGCUGGUUUGCCUAUGUGCAGACCAGGAAGUCCAGAGAUGACAUGGAGAAGCUGAUGAAAGACCUGGAGGGGCUGCAGACAGCUGAAGAGAACCUGCUGGACCUACAGGACAAGCUCCAGAAGGCUCAGGAGGAGCAGCGCUGUGUUCAGGUGGAGAAGGUCAAAGUGGAACAGGAGUUGCAGAAAGAGGUCAACUCGGCCAAGCAGGAGGCUCGCCGGCUCCAGCAACUCCGGCAGGGAACCCAGAACUCCAGGACUCGACAGAAAUACGCAGAGGACGAGCUGCAGCAGGUGCGUGCAGCACUGAAGAAGGCGGAGCGUGAGCUGGAGUCACGGACUAACUGGGCGCCACCAGAGUCUCUGCAGAGGUGGCUGCAGCUCACACACGAGGUGGAAGAUCAGAACUACAACACAAAGAAACAAAACGCCGAGAAGCAGCUGCUGCAGGCCCGAGAGGGGGCAGAGACAAUCAAGAAGAAGCGAAGUUCUCUGUUUGGGACGCUCCAUGUGGCUCACAGCUCCUCACUGGACAAUGUCAACCACAAGAUCCUGUCUGCCAAACAGGCCCUGGCUGAGGUGACGGCGGCUCUGCGGGAGAAGCUGUACCGCUGGCAGCAGAUCGAGACUCUGACAGGGUUCAGCCUGGUCAACAACCCAGGUCUGAGUGCACUCGCCUCUGCCCUCAACCUGGACCCAUCCAUCCUGGGCAUCAGGCCUCCAGCCCUACAGCACCUCCUCUUCUCCGAUGACCUGGAUGACAUGGACGAGGAGAUUCUCUCUCCAGGGACCCUGCAAUACGCUGCGUGGCAGAUGGACCGGCGAGUGAGUGACCUCUGGCCCCUGAGUGGCAUCGCAGACAGCCAGUCGUCAUGGAAAUGCUCUGCAGCUCCGAGUCUGACGCCACCGCUACGGUCAAGGAGAGGGGACGCCACCGUGACCGUCAGCUCUCAGAGGGACGUGAUGAAGCACUUUGACUCCACCCUCCCACUUUCCCACAGCGAGUCACAAAGCUUGAAGGACUUCAGACCCUUUUCUGCGUCGUUGAGGCCCCACCCCCUGCACAGCCCGAGUUCUGGUGGUCUGGAGAAAAGUUCGAGUCUCGGGGAACUGAGUGAUGCCGCCACUGCUGUCCUCGCCUCAUCCUGCUCCACUCCAUCCCUUUGCACCAUUUCCUCCAGCGACAGUCAGUCGGUUUUCUCAUCCGGCAGCUUGGUAGUCUGCGGACGUGGGAUGAGAACCUGCAACAAUCGCGUCACCCCGACUGAAGAUGGUGAGUCGUCAGGUAGCACGAGGAGACACCCGCUGAAUAAACUCUUUAAGAAGGAGCGGCUGUGGCAGUGAUCCCUCUGUGCCAGCAGGUUGAUGGUGGAUGUCCCUGAUCAGAAUUAGUGAGGAACUAUAAGGUGACAGGAACUUUUUUUUUUUAACCUGUUGCACCAAAUAAGAUCCAGACAUGGCCGACUGAUGAGUCCUCAAACAAGCUUCAGCUUCAGUUUGAGCUGAUUCUGCUGUGGUCUGGAUCCAGAUGUGAAUUCUGAAUCUGGCUGCACUGGAUGGCACGUCCCUUCAUCAUUACCAUCGCGGGUGAGAUCCUGAGGACCUGCACACGCUGUGUGCAUCUCCUGUGUCCAGCAACUGAACGUCCACAGAGUUAUUCAGCUGGAAUAACAAAACAAAAACAACACGCCGUGUGAUGACAUCAUCACACACGCUGUUUGCAGCCGCCACGUGGGAGGGGCAUGUUUACACAGUCCUGUCGGUACAUCCUGCUCCUGAUUGGUUGUGAGCUCCAUGAUGGAAACCGUCUGACUCUGAAGGAGGAAACGCUGGUUGGACCGUUGGAGAAAACUGUCCAUUAAGGUGAAUCCAGGCCGGACUAACAGUGGAUCUCCGAACAGGAAGAUCAUGUUUUGAACAGGCUCGUGCCAUGUUCACGACAUGUGGUGAAGUCUGGAAGCACCAGGGGAACAUUUGGCGGAUCGAUUUAUCCGAACAUGCAUCCUGUCGCGACUUUUUGAACAUUUUACAAAUGACAUUUCAUAAUUUUGAACAAAUGAUUUCUUUCUUUACCGUCGUGUUCACCGUUGUCAUGGAGGCAGCGUGGGGUGGGAGGGGCCAGUCCAACCUGUAGAUCACACAUAGAUGAAACGCCCGAGUUCGGUGAGUCGGCAUGAUUUGGUCGUCUGUGUUGUGUUUAUUUAAAACUGCGCUGAAGCGACUCAUUGUCAGACUUCAGGAUUCUGGAUCUUUAUUUUUGGACAGAUCCGUUCACCCGCGUGGUCCACAUGACCUUUGCAGAGAUCAGGCUCAGGACCAAGUGAUUUAACUCCAUCAGGAUUGUGUCUGUUCACUUUUAUGACAUCACUGAUGUUACAUAGGAAGCCCCGCCCACCCACAAAGUGUCGUUACAGCCUCUAGUAACACCACCAGGUUUCUGGGGUUUUUUUAUUGACGUGUGGAGGUACAUGAGGUUAAAAUGAUGUUUCCACUUUGACAGACUGUGAAAAUCUUCCAGCAUAUUUAUGACCACGUGUGGUGAAGCUCCCUGUCACCAAGACGCCGCCGCCACGCUGUUACUGCGGCCCAGCUACGGCCUCCUGUCUUGAUAACCUCAGCAAGAAUCACACAAGAUCAGUAAAAUCUGUCAAAUGUGUCACAGUGUGUAAAGACGUCCACAAUGCGUUGCCAUGAUGCAGCCGUGGCUGGUGCGUCACAAGGAAGACAGCACCCAAAUGUCCACUAAGUACAGGACCCACCAUGUUUCAUCGUGAUGGAAUGUGGACCCUGAUCCUGAAGGAAACCUGAAACCAACCACACAGACGUCUGUGAACGCAAGUCAAACCAUGACAUCAUGAAACCACAUUCCGUCCUGGAUAGCAACCACCCAGGCAGAGAACUAGUCCAUUUCCAUGUCUCCAAAAUAUACAAAUCUAAGUGUAAUGUCUUUGGUGACCGCUGACAAAUUAAAAUUUAGGAAAAUUCUUCUGAAUGUGGACUGUGGUCCUCCUGUUUCUCAGUGGUACCAGGUUCUGGUUCCUGGCCUUUAAAAAAAAAAAAAGAGACUCGUGAGGGUAGCCACCAAGACACCCAGAAAACCCUGAAGGAGUUAUAUGCUUCUAUGGCUGUUGCAUCAUCAGUCACAGCUUCAUCGUGGACCAGAGAAUUUUCAUCCAAGAAACAAGAUCAGAUGUGGACUCGAGUCUCCCAUGUGCCUUCUAGCAAACUGUCACUGAAACUUCACAUCUUGUUCUUAAGAAAAUCCUUUUCUGUUCCACCAUGAAGCUGUGACUGAUGAUGCAACAGGUCACUCUCUCCAGUCACAGCCUCAGAUGCCAGUAAUGACUUCAGAAUGGUCUUGGUGGCUUCCCUCACAGCUGUCAUUCUUGCACAUCUCUUCCACACAGAUUUACGCUACAGUACCACACUGUUUGUAUUUCUUCAUGAUGGAUGGAAAUGUUAAAAAAAAAAUGUUCAUGUGUUCAUCAACGGACUUGUCAAAAGAAAAUUAUUUGUAUUUAAAAUAUUUAGUUUGUCCAGUUUAUGGUCUGUGAAGAAGAAUAAAUGGUUAACAUGA